GGGACCGCUGCGUAAUGCUAUUCUAUGCUAACCUUGUAGGCUCCCUAUGUAGAAGGGUUCUGACAUGAUUGUGUUAUUGCGUCUCCACGGCAACACUUUAGUUUUCGGUACAUUAUAAAUCAUUUGACGCACUUUGCUGUCGAGGUGGCUUUAAAUAGGCAUCUAAAUGGCUCAUGUUCGGACCUACAAUCCACGCGUGCGUGUUGGUAAUUGGAGAGAAGACGUGACUUUAGAAGAGGAUACUCUAAAGGACUUCAUUCUUCAAAAAGAGAGAGGUCAACUCACCGUCCAGAAAGAAGGAGUUUUGAGACAAAACAUUUUGAAACCAGUGAGUUUAUCAGUGUCGCAUGAUGGCUUUUUGCACUUUGGAGACACAGUGAUGCUGGUGAACUCCGGAGGUGGAGGUCAUGACCUGCGUGGCCCCUGUGCCCUCAGCAUCAUUGCUGACAGCAGUAAUAUUGAGUCACAUUCAGGUACAAAUUCAGUCCUCCAUCUUCUUGGGCCCCUCCAAGUCGGUGGAGCCAACAGCAUGGAUCCUUGUGUUAGAAACGCCUUUGUCAUUACAAGCGUUGAUGGGACCUCAGAUGGAGAGAUGGUCAGAUAUGAUCAAAACUUUGCCCUUAGAACUACCGCAGGCUUUUCUGGAGAGCUCUACCUUGCCAGUGAUUACAGAACUUUUCAGAAAUAUGCUAAGAAGUCUCGCCUGCAGGAGUUGAGCUUAGUAGACAGCAAUGAUUUCCUGUGCUGGUGGAGGGUGAUUUAUUUUGACCCCCUAGAAAGGCUUGAGAAUGAGGGUUACCCUGUGCAGGCGAACAGCAAGGUUUUGAUUACCCACUGUAAGACCAAUCAGUGUCUGGCUGCUCUGGGCAAUCACAUCCUGUGGACUCCAUUUGGUAAAGAGUAUGAACUCACAGCUCACACUUUCUUGGACACCCAUAAAGCCGAGCGGGACGUUAACCAUUGGCUGUUUGUCACGGGUCAUCCUACCAAUCAGAAUCAAAGCCUACUGCAACUACAACAAAACCCUGUUAUAACAGAUGAACACAGGGAAGACACAGAGCCAACACAGGAGACAGAAGAACAAUAAUAGCAAUGAU